GUUUUUGUUUUGGUUUAUUUAUUUCUGUGGGUUUUUUUUUAACUCUUUGUUUCAUUUAUUAUUAUUGUUUGAAUUUUAGUUUGGAAGACAAGGAAGAGCAGUAGUACAGCAUGAACUUUGAGCAUCCACCUCAUGCAACUUUACAGUACUGUCCUGAGCACCACUUUCAGCGAUUGAUGAAUCAUUCGUCUGGGGUCUACCGUUCUGCAAUGUCACAGUCCCCGCACACAAGUCAAGUCUUUAACCAGCUACUGGGAAUGCUGGACCAAACCUCCUUUCACUCGGUUCAACCGAUCGAGCUGGACUUCAGUGAGACUCCUGAGAGUGACUAUCCCGGGAACACGAUUCAGAUCAGCAUGGACUGCAUCACCAUGCAGGACCGGGAGGAGGCAGACCCCCUGUGGUCACAGUACACAAACCUGGGGCUCCUAAACAGCAUGGACCAGCAGAUGCAGAACGGGGGCUCCUCCUCCACCAGCCCCUACAACAACGAGCACGCCCAGAACAACGUGACGGCCCCCUCUCCCUACGCCCAGCCCAGCUCCACUUUCGACGCGCUCUCCCCAUCACCAGCCAUCCCCUCCAACACAGACUACCCCGGGCCACACACCUUCGACGUCUCCUUCCAGCAGUCCAGCACCGCCAAGUCCGCCACCUGGACGUACUCAACAGAGCUGAAGAAACUGUACUGUCAGAUUGCCAAGACCUGCCCGAUUCAGAUCAAGAUGAUGACCCCUCCCCCGCAGGGCGCGGUGAUCCGGGCGAUGCCAGUGUACAAGAAGGCGGAGCACGUCACAGAGGUGGUGAAGCGCUGUCCCAACCACGAGCUGAGCCGCGAGUUCAACGAUGGCCAGAUAGCGCCGCCCAGUCACCUGAUCCGAGUGGAAGGAAAUAACCACGCCCAGUAUGUGGAGGACCCAAUCACUGGCCGGCAGAGUGUUCUGGUGCCCUAUGAACCCCCCCAGGUGGGCACUGAGUUUACCACCAUCCUUUACAACUUCAUGUGCAACAGCAGCUGUGUCGGGGGAAUGAACCGACGCCCCAUCCUCAUCAUUGUCACACUGGAGACCAGAGAUGGUCAGGUCCUGGGUCGCCGCUGCUUCGAGGCCCGAAUCUGCGCCUGCCCGGGCCGAGACCGCAAGGCAGACGAGGACAGCAUCCGAAAACAGCAGGUCACAGACGGAACAAAAAACGGUGAUGGUACGAAACGCCCUUUCCGUCCAACGUCCCACGGCAUACAGAUGACGUCGAUUAAGAAGAGAAGAAAUACGGAUGAUGAAUUAUUUUGUCUAUCUAUAAAAGGCCGUGAGAUUUAUGAGAUUUUGGUGAAAAUUAAAGAGUCUUUGGAGCUCAUGCAGUUCUUGCCACAGCACACAAUCGAAACAUACAGGCAGCAGCAGCAGCACCUGCUCCAGAAACAAUUCGGUGUCUUCGACGACGAGAGUAACGGCAUGUAUGCUUUUCCGUGCCCCAGGACCUCCAUGCAAUCACCAUCCUCCUACGGUUCCAGCUCACCCCCACUCAACAAAAUGCCCAUCAUGAACAAACUGCCCUCCGUCAGUCAGCUCAUCAACCCGCAGCAGCGCAACACGCUCACCCCCUCCGCCAUGUCCGGGGGCCUAGCCGACAUGGCUCCGAUAAUGGGCUCGCACAUCCCCAUGGGCAGUGAUAUGAGCGCGCUCAGCCCCACACAGGCUGUGCAGUCCCAGCUGCCCAUGCAGCCGCUGUCGUCACACUGCACCCCCCCGCCCCCCUACCCCACCGACAGCAGCAUCUCCAGUUUCCUGCUGAGGCUUGGCUGCUCGUCAUGCCUGGACUAUUUCACUACCCAGGGGCUCACCAGUAUUUACCAGAUCGAGCAUUACAACAUGGAGGACCUGUCCCGUCUGAAGAUCCCGGAGCAGUUCCAGCAUGCCAUCUGGAAGGGGAUCGUGGAUCACCGGCAGACCCUGGAAUACUCCCCCUCCCAGCACCUCAUGCGCUCCACCAGCGGGGCCUCCACCGUGAGCGUGGGCUCAUCCGAGGCGCGUGGCGAGCGGGUCAUCGACGCUGUCCGCUUCACCCUGCGGCAGACCAUCUCCUUCCCCCCGCGCGACGACUGGAGCGACUUCUCUUUUGACAUGGACUCCCGUCGGAACAAACAGCAGCGCAUCAAGGAGGAGGGCGAGUGAGGUCCCCCCGCUGGACACGACUCUCCUGUGACACCCUAGACCCACGACCACGGUGCACACCGACUUGACACGCAACCCGUCUUCAAACUUUAUUUUUAUUUGACUUUUGAAAACUUUUUGAAACAAAAAAAGAAAAGGUAUAAGAGUAUCUUGCACUUAAUUUGCAUUUUUUUUCCCUUGUCCCUAUCUUGGCCCUGGUUAUUGCAGGUUGGGUGGGUGGCGAGUGGUGGUUAUAAAUUCUAAGUGAGUUUUUUAGGCUUUUUUUUUUUUUUGUGACACAGCACUUGCAGUACAAAAAAAAAAAAAAAAAAAAAGGUUUGCAUUCUUGUUUUAGGAUCAUUUAUUAAUAAUAAUAUUUUAUAAUAUAUAUUAAUGAUCUAUAUAUAUAGAUAGAUAGAUAUACACACAAGAAAGACUGCCAAAAGAAAGUAUUAUGCCAUCUUUAAAGUUCAAUCACUUGAAUUGCGUAACAUUGGUUUUCCGAUCCAUAAUUACAUGAUUAAGUAUUGUUUAGUAACAGCCUUAUUUUACCCAACUCCCUGACCCUAAUCUGCAAGACCAGUAUUGCUUCACUGGGCUGUUACAGUAUUGGAUUGUACACACAGCAGACUGAACCAAUGGAGAGCUGAUGUCACAGUAUACCCUUUAUAACCUUGUACAGCUGUUUUCUUCUUUUAUAUGUAGUCGCGUCACAUUUCUGCAAUCUUCAAAGGUCAUUUAGCAAUAAAUAUUUGUUGAUUUUGUUGUCAUUUAUAUGAAAAGAUUUUUUUAUGAUUAAAAAUGUAUAUAUGUUCAAAGCAUUUGUUUCAUAUAAAUCUAGAUUUCUUCAUGUGUAUGUUGAAGGCAUAACGUUUUGAAAUGUAGGCUGACACAUAUCCACCAUAUUAAAAAUAUCAAGGUUAUAUUUUCUUUUCAUAUGGGUUAUUAUAACAGGGAUGGAAAUAAGAAUCCCAUUGCAUAGCAGUCUGAUCCAUUCCUGCUUUUACUAUGAAUUUAAUAAAACACAUCUGAGCUUGUCGCCUAUACACUAUGGCAAAUCUAGCUAGUAGUAAAACCUGGAAUGGGUGAAACUGCUAUGCAAUUGGAGUCUUAUUUCCAUCCCUGGUUAUUAAUACAGAUGUUGCCUCUAUUUUGGCCCUUGGUAUGGCUUGCAAUUCUCAGAAUUGUGCAACAUAAACAGUAGAACAAUAAAUAAAUCUACAAUGUAUUGCUGUAUAUACAGUACAUUUCUAUCUAGAAGACUACAUUCACAUUUGUAUUUGAAGCCCAGGAAUGUAUAACAACUUGAACAUCUCUACCGUAUGCUAAUGGAAAUGCAGUGGGUUGUGAUUAAAUGACAGAACUUCACACAAGAUACUGUGAGAAUAUGAAGUAACGUGUUCAUCCAUAACCCUCGACCAGAACAUAGGAGUCACACUAGUAAACUCUGAAUUAUUCUUUAUUACUAAAACUGUAUGUCUUCUGAGCGAGUAAAACUAACAAAGGAACCAAGUCAAGCAGACAAGCUGUGAGUCUCGGCCAAUGUCUUCGUCAGUGUUAUUGAAGUAAGAUUCACGGGCUUGCUGUACUUCAUGAUCGUUGAAGACUUUUCUACUGAAACGUUUUAGUGCCUUCCAAAGCCGAGCAUGUAUUAUUUCUAAACCUGACACCUAAACCAUUAUUAUUUCUAAACCUGACACCCUUUCACUGUUUCACUGACCGGGGCAUUGUCUUGGCCAUCUGGGAAGCGAUCAUUUCAAUUUGUAUUUGUGUAUCAUUUAGUGUCCUCAAUUUCAGAAAGCAGGCAACACAAGCUUCUUGAGCAGUGCCAUUCCUGAGAGAAAUCCAUUCCUGUUUGUAAAUAAAGUCAUGCUGGUGCAGAACAGUGAAUAGGCCAUGUUGUAGUAAUUUUACUAAACAUCUCAAACCCUUUGUAUGUAUUCUUCAAAUACUGAAAUGUUUGUGCCAGAAUGCCAUUAACUAAACCCGUUUCAACUGGGUUCUUGUUCCUUGUUGUAAAAUUAUGUGUAUAUAUGUUACAGUUCAGAUUUAUAAACUUACUUUUUUUUAUAUUUGUAAUUUUGAUUAUAAACAACAAUGCUGUAUUUGGGAGAAUCUGGUUUCAGAUUGUUACUCAAAUAAAAAAAUAAAAUGAAAAGUAGAAUUGCUGA